AUGUUCGGACGUCGACGAAGGCCUAUUCUUGGCGCCGCUGUUGUUUACGGUGCAUCACGAGCAGCCGCCAAGCAUGAGGUACGAAAGCAGGAGCUUAUGGCCAGUGAACGUGAUCGCGAGAUAGAACGCGAGGUCGAUCUUCGGAGGAGAGAAGAAGAAGAGCAAGAACUACGAACACAGCGUGCCGUCGAUGAAGCCAUGAAAAAGGCUGCAUUGCAAGAACAAGCCGCUCAACAGAGCGCCGCUGCGAUGAUGCCGCCUCAGCCGCGAUAUGAUGAGGCCUAUCCAAUGGUGCAAGCCCAAACACGGGAUCUGGGAGUCUUCAACCCAGCCAACGACGGAAACACCAUAAUUCAACCAGCACCAGCAUACCAGGUGGGACCUCAGUUUGUGGAGGGGAGACCUCAGAAAGGUCCAGUCCAGGGUCCAGUGCCAGGAUCCAGAGUUCACUACUGUACCCAGUGCGGCUUCUCUUGUCAAGAUACAGAUAGGUUCUGUCGUCAGUGCGGUGCAAGGCAAGCGGCUGGAGAGAUCGUGGUAGGGUGAGUCAACUG